CCCGCCGCGGACUGUCCGCGCACUGAGUCAGCGCCGUCUGCAUUCCAACGCACUCCCCGGGGUCCGCGCGCUGGGAGAAACCUGUAUCCACCGCCCUCGCUGCAGACCUCGGCAGACAUCCUCUCCUCCCCGCAUAUUCGGGACCAACAUUGCCAUCGACUUCUUCCCUGACGUCCGCUGCGAUAACGAGCAGUACAUCCGCAUCCCACGCGUGGUCACCUGCCCUGCAUUCCGUCCUUCUGAUACACUCGGAAGCCUUGCCCUCAUCAUUGCGAACAACUCACUGCGGACCCUGACCCUAGUUUUAAACGAUCAAAUGUUCUCUCUUACCAAUUCCAUACGCGCUGCCGUCCGCCAAUGUCAGGCUCCUUCGCGUUGGAGGAGCCCUGUCAUAACUAUCGCAAGUCGGCUAAAUUCUACGUCUGUUGCUGGCGAGUCUCUCGGUGAAUUGUCAGAACUCCUCGCGAAGGAGGGCAACGCGCCCAGCGUCCGAGAUCAAGAACUGUUGGACCCGGUCAUCAGAGGGAAUCCAAACCUCAAGGGUUUCCGGUCGGGCAGGUUCGUCAAGCCCGCCUCGUUCACGUACAAUCAACGCGUCAGGAAGCAACGUAUGGCCAAGCGGCCGCUCCUCGGUCCAGAUGCUCGCGAAUCUCGCGAACUCGACGUCUUUUACCAGCUCGAGCUCGACCCACUCGACGAGUGUAUGAACACGUCCCUCCUCUCAGAAUUUGUCACCGAGAUGGGCAAGAUCAAGCGCCGUUCAGAGACCAAGCUUACCUGGCGAAAUCAGCGCCGUGUUGGCAAGGCGAUCCGGCGCGCAAAGAUGAUGGGUCUCAUCCCUAUCUUAAGCCGGCGGCCGCUCAGCACGAUCAACGAGGGACACUAUUACAGGCGUGCGGCGAAUUUUAAAAGGACUGGGUAUUUGGCAUGAUCCUGCAUCUUUCGGCGUAUUUGGCACGUAGAAUUUUGAUGUUAUGUCGAGGGUCCGCGAAAAACCGGACGCAAUGGCAGCCGUCCUCUGAAACCCCAUCUACGCAAGGGAUGAUCGCAGUGGUGCCCGUGCGGUUGUUGGAGGAAGGGCUGUGGUUCUUGAAACACUGGCUGGAGAACCACGUACUGAUCACUGCAUGUUCUUCGCUGAUACGGUUGCUUGCGAACUUGAUGCUCGGCGCCUUGCACAAUCUGAGUGACUAUGGCAAUGACAGUUCCUCUGGCUCUCGCACGCCAGGGCUGGUUCCCUGCACACCAGUAGCAAGGACCAAAAGCCAGUCCUACAACUUGGUACGUCCCCAUUGUAUUCAAACCGCCACAAGAUGACGCGUGCCCCGGACGCCUCGUGAACUGGACAAGUCCACCGUACUUGUGCCUAAGGUGGUCCAAGGCAACGGGCGAUCCCACCU